GACUGGGUUUGCUCCUUGUUUGGUGAGCUGGUGGGAGGAGACAGGCUAUAUAGUCAGAGAAUAUGCCAUUUCUCAGUGCACCAUCCCAGGACGGCACGCCCUGAGCUGAGAAGGGACAAUACCUGUGUGGAAAGUCUCAGAAAGUGACUGCAGAAGAUGUGUGAGGAAGAGGACAGUACGGCACUGGUUUGCGAUAAUGGCUCUGGCCUAUGUAAGGCAGGCUUUGCUGGUGAUGAUGCUCCCAGGGCUGUCUUCCCAUCCAUCGUAGGACGUCCAAGGCAUCAGGGUGUGAUGGUAGGCAUGGGACAAAAAGACAGCUAUGUAGGAGAUGAAGCUCAAAGCAAGAGAGGAAUCCUGACACUGAAAUACCCCAUAGAACAUGGCAUCAUCACAAACUGGGACGAUAUGGAGAAGAUUUGGCAUCAUUCAUUCUAUAAUGAGCUUCGUGUGGCUCCUGAAGAACAUCCAACCUUGCUUACAGAGGCACCUUUGAAUCCAAAGGCUAAUCGAGAAAAAAUGACACAGAUUAUGUUUGAGACAUUCAAUGUCCCAGCCAUGUAUGUUGCUAUUCAGGCUGUUCUGUCUCUCUAUGCCUCUGGACGUACAACAGGGAUUGUGCUCGACUCUGGUGAUGGUGUCACCCACAAUGUGCCAAUCUAUGAAGGCUAUGCUCUGCCCCAUGCCAUCAUGCGCCUGGACCUGGCUGGCCGUGAUCUUACUGACUACCUCAUGAAAAUCUUGACAGAACGUGGCUACUCAUUUGUUACUACUGCUGAGCGUGAAAUUGUCCGCGACAUCAAGGAGAAACUCUGUUAUGUUGCCUUGGAUUUUGAAAACGAGAUGGCCACUGCUGCUUCUUCAUCAUCCCUAGAGAAAAGCUAUGAGUUGCCUGAUGGUCAGGUGAUUACUAUAGGGAAUGAGCGUUUCCGCUGCCCAGAGACCCUCUUUCAACCAUCUUUCAUUGGCAUGGAAUCUGCCGGCAUUCAUGAAACUACCUACAACAGCAUCAUGAAGUGUGACAUAGACAUCAGAAAAGACCUUUAUGCAAACAAUGUCCUAUCUGGUGGGACCACCAUGUAUCCUGGCAUUGCAGAUCGUAUGCAAAAGGAAAUCACUGCCCUGGCUCCCAGCACUAUGAAAAUAAAGAUUAUUGCUCCACCUGAGCGCAAGUAUUCGGUCUGGAUUGGAGGAUCUAUUCUUGCUUCUCUUUCUACCUUCCAACAGAUGUGGAUCAGCAAACCAGAGUAUGAUGAAGCUGGCCCAUCCAUUGUUCACCGCAAAUGCUUCUGAGUUGCUUCCCCUUCUGUGAAAAAUAUUCUUAUUAGCCUACCCCAAAUUCCUUUCUUUCAAUUAGCUGGAUUUCCAAUAAGAUGUAUUUGAAGUUUUCAGGGGGCAGAGGAGGAAAGAAUUGUAAACAUGCUUGUCAGGUGCUUUGAAUUUUUAUUAAUAAACCUCAACUUUUUCAUACUCUA